CUUCACCUGCCACACUUUCCUCUAAUACACCUACCGUCAAACAUCUCAGCGGAACAGCUCGAUCACGAAAAGCCACUACUUUCCCUAGCCAUCAAGACGAUUUGCAAUAAAGCAUACUCUUCACAGGCUGAGCUAAGCAAGAAACUGCGGGAAACAAUAGCACUGAGGAUGAUAGUCGAGGGGGAGAAGAGCAUCGACUUGCUACUGAGCGUGCUGACUUGCAUGACAUGGUUAAUCUCCUUCAUCCUUGAGAUUUCGCUGCUGACCCAAUCAGGUCAAUAUACUUUACCUCUGGGAAACAAUUUCUUGGUAUGUUAGCAGGACUUGCGCGAUCGCUUGUCAGCGACCUUCGACUCGACAAGCCCCAGAACCCCUCCUGGUGCCCAGCUGUUGGUCCUUAUGAGGAAGACAAGACUGUUCGUUCCAAUGAAUCUAGGCGCGCUCAUAUAGCAUGCUUUGCGCUCAGCACAACAAUCUCAACCACGUUCAAGUAUGACAUGAUGCGAUGGUCACCACAACUCGAACAAGAUUGUUCCCAGUUAGUCAUAGAGGCAGACGCUGAGGGAGACGAAAUCCUCGUUUCCAUGGCUCGUAUCUCGAGGAUUUGCCUACAAGUAGCAGACGUGAACCGGCAUCUGAGCGAUAACAAUGGCACGCACGCCACAUUGCACAUCACACCUUUGUUAUGUUCGCUUGAUCAACUCAGCAGCACGUUCUCUGGCGAGCUGUCAAGUCAUUCCAGUAUCGUCGCAUUUACAUCUACCGCUCGGAUAAGCAUAUACGAGCUCACCCUCCUCCACUCACCAAUCCAACCCGCUCAAAGCAACAUCAUCCUCGAUUGUAGGCGUAUCGACCAUCUGAUGGCUUGCUUGCAGUUAUGCAAGCAAUGUGCGGAGCAAUACCUAAAUUUCGACUUCAUCAAUAUUACAACACCUACGAGUCUUGUUUUCACACACUGUAUUAGAAACCUGCAUAAGCUCGCAACACUACCAGACGCUGGCUGGGAUUCAGCAAUCGUACGCCAGACAGUGAACAUUGUUGGACUGUUGGACCUCUGUGCAGCAGGAGCAGAAAGAGCUGAUGCAAAGCUCAAGGAGGAAACAGGUAAGGAUAGCGUUUUUGCCAUGGCGGCAAAGUCCGUCAGAGAUUCAGCGCCGCCAAAUUGGCGGUUGCCGAACCCAGAGCCUCAGAAUAGUGGAGAUGCGGUGAUAGAAGGGUGGACCGGUACUGAUGCCCUGGACCUUCCGUUUGUAGACUUCUCGGAUGACUUCUGGCUGAAUACCCCGUUCUAUCUGUGAUCAUUAGCAGGUGCUGUACGGCGUUCUUUGGGCGAAGGAAAUGUCUCGGAUGAAGUAGGUUAAUGCUAAGAGUAUCGUGGAUCCCAAUCGACAUUUCGAAAAACAGUUGAAUGAAGGGUUAUCCUGUGGGCUCAAGAAUUGGAAACCAUGACCGUAUUUAGCCAAGGUUUGGGGGUUCCCCUUGAAUGGUGCAGACGUAUGGCCAAAUGAAUCGACAAACCGAGGUGACAAAAGUGGCAAAUUAUUCAUGAAUGCAAUAAUAGAUGAGC